AUCAUAUCGGACGCGACAAGCUCGCUCACAGUACCACACGGCUUGUCAGUGACUUUCCCGCCCUCACCACUCGCAGAUUUAACAAGAAGUCAUAAAUUUUAAAAACGCCAUGAUCCGAAAUAGCCUGUUGGUCCUGUCCGUGUGCGGUCUGGCGGCGAUCUGCACGUUGCCCGUUACCACAGCACAGGCGCUUGCGCAGUACGACUCGUCAGCAGCAGCGGAGAGCCGAGGCGGAUGGGACGCGCUGGGUGGGCUGUACGCUCUACUAGCUCAGCACGACGCGCUGGGCGGGCACGCGCUCGCGCGCAAGUCUGUGCGCUCGCCCUCGCGCCGCCUGCGCUUCGGCCGCCGCUCCGACCCCGACAUGCCGCCACAAGCACCGCUGGACGAGAUGGAAGAACUAAUGUCGCUGCGGGACAUCCGCACGCCUGUGCGCCUGCGCUUCGGUCGCCGCUCUGAGGAACACGCCGUGCCACAUGUAUUCCCGCAAGAGGAACAAGACCGCGUUGUAAGGACCCCCUCGAUGCGCCUGCGGUUCGGUCGCCGAUCUGACAACAACAUGUUCUUAAUGCCUUUCGAGUCGUCUCUGCCGAAGGAGGUGAAGGCAAGCGGCUCGGAGGACGAUCGGCAACAGGACCAGGACUAAAGCCCUCCAGCCCCCGCCCCGCCGCCACCCCCCCGGCCUCCGCACAACACACACACACCAUACGACUCAAUCAAACUUAAUUAAUACUACUUUUUCGAUUCGGUGUUAUUCCAAACUAGUUCGUAAGCUCUAUGUACAUAAUAAUCAGAUAGCGUUAUUGUAUGUUGUUAAUUAAAAUGUUAUUCGUCAAGCUACUCGUACAUUUACUAUUAUUACCUUCUUUCGCUUCUGUUCCGACAAUUGUGAUUACGGUCGCUAUACUGUGCCCCAGGUUACUUAUUACUUAAUUAAGACUGUCCUCAUUUCCAUAUUUGAUGUUUCAGAUUUUGUAGUAUUUGUAUCAUAGCGGAGGUACCUACUUCCCGCGAAGAGUUGUACAUUUUAAGAGCUGGGCAAAUGUAAAACUCCUUCGCUUCGAUCUAAUGGUACUAUUUAUACUACUACGUGUCAAACAGUAUUUAAAAUAAUAAGUACUCAUAUGUGUAAUUUAUUGUACCUACCCAAAUUAUGGCGUAAAUUCAUUAUUUACACUAAAGUGUACCUACCUAGUGAAAUUGUUUAAUUUUGUAUAGAUUAUUAUUA